UCAUAUUAAAUAAAAGAUAAUUCAAUAUGAUAUAUAUAAAUUUGUUGAUUUAAGAAUUCAGCAAGGGGGUAACAGGUGAUAUUUGAUAUUGGAGACAGGUGUUUUAAUUCAAACUCUUGAACAAAAAAAUGCUAUCUUAAGAUUGUUAUUACACCGGUAUGAGUCAGAUGCCAUCAGGAGGUAGUGGGAUUCAAUGUUACGGCGCCAGUAUGCCAGAGGCUGCCGAAAAUAUCGCGCCCUUAACAUUUCGUGGGGAUAAAUCUGAACGGGAAUCAUCCAUUAAGGAGAAAAAGUUAUCGACUGGUUCUCUGGGUGGAAGUAGUGAUGGUGUUCGCCCUAAAAUGGUAACAGUGAAACACCCGGAAUCCAAUAAACCGAAACCAACAGUGAAAAAGAACAAACCAAUACAAGCUGAUUUAGAUGUAAGCAAAGAAUUUAUACGGUGUCGUGACGAAGGAAUCACACGUUUAGAUUUGAGUAAAUCAAACAUAACAAAUUUACCAGCAUCAUUACGAGACUUAACCCACUUAUCCGAAUUGUAUUUAUAUGGUAAUAAAUUAUCAUCAUUACCACCAGAAAUUGGAUGUUUAACAAAUUUAAAAACUUUAGCAUUAAGUGAAAAUUCGUUAACAUGUUUACCGGAUUCAUUAGUGAAUUUAAAACAAAUUCGAGUACUCGAUUUACGGCAUAAUAAAUUAAACGACAUACCAAACGUUGUUUAUCGUUUAACAUCGUUAACAACACUCUUUUUACGUUUUAAUCGAAUACGUAUCGUUGGUGAUGAUAUAAAAAAUUUAACGAAUUUAAUAAUGUUAAGUUUACGAGAGAAUAAAAUACGAGAACUACCCGCUGGUAUUGGUAAAUUAGUAAAUUUAAUUACAUUUGAUGUAUCCCAUAAUCAUUUAGAGCAUUUGCCUGAAGAAAUUGGUAAUUGCGUGAAUUUAUCCACGUUAGAUUUACCCCAUAAUGAGUUACUUGAUAUUCCGGAUACAAUUGGAAAUUUAACAUCGUUAACGCGACUUGGAUUACGCUACAAUCGUUUAACUGCUAUCCCUGUUACACUUUGUAAUUGUAAACAUAUGGAUGAAUUUAAUGUGGAAGGAAAUGCAAUAUCACAACUUCCUGAAGGAUUAUUAGCAAGUCUUGUGGAAUUGACAACAAUUACACUAUCCAGAAAUAAUUUUUCGUCUUAUCCAUCUGGAGGACCCGCUCAGUUUACGAAUGUACAUACUAUUAAUUUAGAACAUAAUCAGAUUGAUAAAAUCCCGUAUGGAAUAUUUUCACGUGCGAAAAAAUUAACCAAAUUAAAUAUGAAAGAGAAUUUAUUAACUGCACUUCCCUUGGACAUUGGAACUUGGACAAAUAUGGUUGAAUUGAAUUUGGGAACGAAUCAACUAUUAAAAGUUCCCGAAGAUAUUCAAUGUUUACAAAGUUUAGAAGUAUUAAUUUUAUCAAAUAAUUUACUCAAAAAAAUACCUGCAAGUAUUGGAAAUUUACGUAAAUUACGUGUUCUGGAUUUGGAAGAGAAUAAAUUGGAAUCGUUGCCAAAUGAAAUUGGAUUUUUACGUGAUUUACAACGUUUAAUUGUGCAAUCGAAUCAGUUAACAGCGUUGCCACGUGCAAUUGGUCAUCUAACAAAUUUGAUUUAUUUAAGUAUCGGUGAAAAUAAUUUAACAUAUUUACCAGAGGAAAUUGGUACGCUAGAGAAUUUAGAAUCAUUAUAUAUCAAUGAUAAUCCAUCAUUAUGCAAUUUACCAUUUGAGCUUGCGCUAUGUGGUAAUUUACAAAUAAUGAGUAUUGAAAAUUGUCCAUUAUCACAAAUACCACCGGAAAUAGUUAGUGGCGGGCCAUCAUUAGUUAUACAGUAUUUAAAAAUGCAAGGACCUUAUAGAGCAAUGUGAUAUACAGUUGGAGCUUAAUUUCCUUUUAUAUCAUUUCACACAAUGUUACUACUACCAAUCACAGAUAUCUUUACUGAUACAGUCAGUUUGCUAACAUACGAUUGCAUUCGAUUUUAGUCAGUUUAAGUAGUAAUAGCUGACUGAUGAUAUGCACUCUUUUAUUAGCGAUCUAGGUUUUGUAAAGAAAUCUGUACUAAAAAGUAAAUUCAUCAAUUAAUUAUUGAGUUUGUUCCAUUUGCAAUACUAAAAAUUACUGAAUGUGUAGGUUAUAUUAAUUUAGCCUGAGCGGUUUAUCCUCUCACAAUUCGAAGUGAUUAAAUGAUAUCAAUCAGAAACAUAUCGAAUUAGAUUAGACAACCUAAUGAAACGUGAUGGAAAAAAUGGUAAUAUUGUCAACUGCAAACUUUUUAGGCCAUUAGACAGAACUUUAACAACGUCAAAGUAUGUCGUUCAAGGUCAAAGCUAAGUGAAUAUCUGAAUCUUUCUAAAUGAUAAACAGAAAAAUAAGUUUAUUUUUGGUUAAAACUUUGAUGUGAGCCAAAUAUUAUGGCAAAAAAUAACGUUAAACAGGUUCACAUCAUUAGUAAGAUUUUAUUUUAAUUAUUUUUAUACCAGGUGCCCGUUUUAAAUAAUCCAGGUAAACAAAUUUUUUAACGAAGGGCUUUUGGACAAAAUGAUACAAGUUAAAGUUACUCUACUCGGAAAUUAAUAAUAUCAAAGAGGCCUUAAAUUUGACCUUAACUUCUAAGAUCGUUCAAAAAUCAUCUGAAGUUUAUAACCGAUAAGAGAUAGAGUAAACUUUAACUUAGAAAAGAACAAACUAUUU